CGGGCUAUUUUGUCGGAGUGUGGUGUCAUGAAAUCUUAGAAGUUUGUUUUCUGAGCCGGAAAACUUCAGACAACAAAUCUUUCGUCUGCGAACUGUUGCUUGUUUUUCUCAGUUAAAUCGUCUCCAAUCGUAUCCGCAUAGCAAAUCACCGGCACAAACAACACAACUGACAAGCUCUAUCUGAUUGAUUCGCAUUAGGUGUGUUGUGCGGAAAAAGUCGUGAUUGUGAGUAGAGGCCAGUUUUAAUUUAGAGAGAUUUCUUUGGAAUCAAACAAAUGGAAACGAACGCAAUUCAAUUCAAUUCAGGGUCAGAUGAACUGAAUCAAAGCAUAUCUCAGUGGUUGCAAUGGGAUAAGAACGAGGAUACUUUGAACGAAAUCAAAACGUUAGUCAAAAAUCAGGAAUGGAAAAUUUUGAGUGGAAGAUUCCUGAAACGACUUGCGUUUGGUACGGCGGGCCUACGCGGAGUUAUGCAGGCCGGUUUCAACGCUAUGAACGAUUUGGUUGUCAUCCAGUCGGCCCAGGGAUUAUGUCAGUAUAUUCUACAGUGCUAUCCAUCGGGGGAAGAUCGAAGGCGCGGUAUAGUAUUCGGAUUUGACGGUCGAUAUAAUAGCAAAAGAUUUGCGGAGUUGAGUGCAUGUGUGUUUUUAUCGGCCGGUAUCCCAGUAUGGUUAUACAGCCGAACAGUAGCCACACCGUUUGUUCCAUUUGCUGUGCGGGAAUUGCGAUGCUUAGCGGGAGUCAUGGUGACAGCCUCUCACAAUCCGAAGGAAGAUAACGGGUACAAGGUUUACUGGACCAACAGUGCCCAAAUUAUUUCUCCCCAUGAUAAAAAUAUUCAGGCCUAUAUCCUGCAAAACUUGGUUCCUCUAGAAAGCUCCUGGAAUUUGGAGCUGUUGCAAUCCGACCAACUAAAGGAUCCUCAUGAUCAGAUGUCGAAUCUUUACUUCGAGAAACUCGAAGCCAAUGUUCCGAAAUCGUUUGUAACUGAUUACAACACUAAAAGCAAACUACGCUUUGUGUAUACCGCAAUGCACGGUGUCGGCUAUCCGUUCGUAGAGAAAGGCUUUGAAACCAUUGGCCUGCAGCCAACGUUACCGGUGGUGGAACAACGUGAUCCGGAUCCAGAGUUCCCUACCGUUAAAUUUCCGAACCCAGAGGAAGGAAAGUCUUGUUUGCUGCUUUCAAUAAAGCUGGCGAAUGAAUCGAAUUGUGAUGUGAUACUGGCCAAUGAUCCUGACGCGGAUCGUCUCGCGUGUGCAGAAAGGGAUACCAGCACCGGUGAAUGGCGUGUAUUUACGGGUAACGAGUUGGGAGCUUUGCUCGGCUGGUGGUCAAUUCGAUGUUAUCGGGAGCGACACCCGGGCAAAAGUCUGUCGGAUUGUUUCCUGAUGGCGAGUACAGUCAGCUCCAAAAUGUGUCGUUCCAUGGCUAAUAUUGACGGGCUUAACUUUGUGGAAACACUAACCGGGUUCAAAUGGAUGGGCAACAAAUCCGUCGAGUUGAUGGCCGAGGGUAAAUCCGUCCUUUUCGCCUUCGAAGAAGCCAUCGGAUUCAUGUGCUCACCGGUGGUGUUGGAUAAAGACGGUGUUAGUGCGGCUUGUCAACUGGCGUCGAUGGUAUGCUAUCUCCGGGCAACUUCCAACCAAACGUUGUCGGAUAAACUCAACGAACUGUACGACAUCUAUGGUUUCCAUUAUACGAUUACGUCCUAUCUGUUCUGCUAUGAUCCGGUGAAGAUCGAGCAUAUUUUCAAUCGUAUUCGUAUACUGGAAGGUGAAACCCAAGGUUAUCCGAAAUCAGUCGGCGGUGAAAAGUAUGUCAUCAAAUCAGUACGGGAUCUUACCACCGGAUAUGACUCUGCUAAGGCUGACUUUAAGGCAGAACUUCCUUCGAGCAAGAGCUCACAGAUGAUCACGUUUACAUUUGACAACGGCGCGGUCAUAACAUUGCGCACGAGUGGAACUGAGCCGAAGAUCAAGUACUAUGCUGAGAUGUGUGCUCAGCCGGGACAGAGAGAUUGGAACGCAUCGAAGACGACACUUCAUGCCAUGGUGGAAUGCAUUGUCCAGGAUUUGCUUCAACCAGCCAAGAACAAUCUCAUUCCAAGAUCCGACUAGUCACCGUCUCGAGGACACUUCGGGUAAAAUAAGUUGUGCAUCACACAUGUGUUUGUACUUUAUUCUCUAAUUCUGCAUUUAUUCAUCACGCCUGUAUGGGCAUCUAAAAUCUACAAAAUUGUUCUACAGUCCUCAUAGUUCCUUUCAUGGCAAAACAUGACAACUGGUUUGUUUGUCACAUUAUAAGCAGUUGUUGCCUGUUUCAUCCAUCUAGAAUUGGAUUUCAAAUGUUUUCCAAUGAACAUUGUUUCGACCGGUGAACAGGCACUAUUUUACAUUACGAUGCACUAUGAGAGAUUUGAUAAAUUGCAGUUUUCUUUGCAAUGAUCGAAAAAAGAAGAAACAAUGCAUGAACAAUGACAAAUAAAGCUGAUAAUACGAAUACGUAACGACGAAAA